AUCAAAGCGGUGGGCCUCCGCCCUUGGCCGUUCUGACUUCAUGGAGUUGUUCUUGACCAAAUCUUUGGCUCAACCUCAGCUACUGUUCGCCUGCCAGAAAGAGAGUGAGUUGAUCUUCCUCUCUUCACCUCAGCCUAAAAACCCUGAUGAGGCUGUGUCGGAUCAUCAUAUGAGUUUCCCCUUUGAGCGUGUGGAUGCUGUAUCUAGUUCUGUCAAUGGCUAUGUCUGUAUAACCGAUGAACGGAUCUCAAAAGGAAGGAAGACCCCAGAGGAUGUGUUGGUGAUAUGUAACCCUAGCACGGGACAGUCCGUUACUUUACCCAAAAUACCUAAAAUGAAGAAAAUGAAGAGAACUGCAAAGAGCUUUUUUUUGUAUGAUCCGAUUGAGAAACAACACAAGGUGUUGGCAAUGGCCAUGGUAGAUGGUAGAGAUGUGCAUCAAGUUCUUACAUUAAAAGGAACUAGGAACCUGACUUGGAGGAUGAUUGAAUGUAGCGUACCCCAUUAUUAUCCAGGGCCAAAGUGCAUAUGCAUUGACGGUGUUUUGUACUACGGUGCUUGGGGUUCCAAUAAUGGUCAUAUUCUAGUUUGCUUUGAUGUCAGAUCCGAGAAGUACAGCUCCAUUAAAGCCAUUCAGGGAGCGGUAGAGGAAGGUGCAACUCUGGUAAAUUACAAAGGUAAAUUGGCUUCACUAAGGGCGCAACCUAACCCCCAUGCUAUUAGUGGAACAAGUGCAAGUUUUGAGAUGUGGAUUCUAGAAGAUCCUGAGAAACAUGAGUGGUCCAGCCGUAUUUACAAAUUGCCUCCUGUUUGGAAGGAUGUAGUUGCAGGGGAGGUCUUAUUCUUUAAAGGAGUGACUGCCACAAAUGAAAAUUUUUUUGUCCCCCACAACUUCAUCCGAUCUUUAUUAUGUUUACUACUACAAUUUCGACAAGGAAAGUAUAACAAGAGUUGAGUUCCAAGGAAUGAGACCGUUUAGAAAGGGUUGGGGUUCUGGAGUUUUUACCUUACUGAACCAUGUAGAGGAUGUGAAACUUAUCUAAUUGUUUUAGAACUUUGUAACGGAAGCUUGCUCCUUGAGGAUCUUAAUGAAAACCUUUAUUUUUUCCACUGCUUCUGUGUUGUUAUAAUUUUUUUGCUUGAAGUUGUAAAUUAUGGUUUU